AUGGCAGCCCUCUCACAAGGACUAAGAGAUGAUGAGUUUUUCCGAGCUUUAGCGCUGGAACCUUCGCCUGAUUUUGAUAAUCUCCUAGAGAGGGCAUCUAGGUUCAUUAACUUAGAAGAAGCCCGCCAGCAGAAAGUGGAAGAGUCUCACCAAGCCGCGAACGCACGAGUUAACGAAGUAAAGAGAGGUAAGGAGCCCGUGUUACCUCGAAGAGAUGCCAAUACCCCCAGUCGGGGUACUGCCCCGGAUGCUAAGGGAUCUCGAUACCAAUCCUAUCAGCCCCUUACAGCCCCUUUGUCCCAUGUGUUGUGCGCAAUUGAGAAAAGAGCUGAUCUGCGAUGGCCUCGGACCGCUCACGAAGCCCCCCGCCGAGAUCCGGCACUGGGUACCUUUUGUCGUUUUCAUAACGAAUACGGGCAUACGACCGAUGAUUGCGCACAUCUGAAAGACGAAGUGGAACGUCUCAUCAGAGACAACAAGAUUGGAGAUUUUGUGAAGAUAGAUCCACCUCGGGGACAAAAGCGUGAAGCUCAGUUUGGAAAUCCAGCACGAGUACCGCCCCCACCGCCAAUGCCGAAAAGAGGAUACAUCCAGAUGAUCUCAGGGGGCCCUACGGGAGGAGAUACCCACCGGGCCAGGAGACGCCAUCUCGGUAGUCUUAAGAACAAUCAUGAAGUUUGCCAAAUCUCCACACCGAAGUGUCGUCAAUACCCCACUAUAUCAUUUGGUCCUGAAGAUGAAGUGGAUCUGGAUGAUUUCCAUUGCGACCCUCUCCUCAUCACGAUUAACGUUGGAGGGUAUGACGUCGCUCGCGCCUUCGUCGAUCCAGGAAGUUCAGUGGAUGUCAUAUCCUACGAGUGCUUCCUGCAAAUGGAGCUCGACCUCCCAGUCUUCCCCGUCACCACCCCGAUAUUCGGGUUCACGCGGGGAUCCUUGACGCCGAUUGGACAAGUUAAAAAUGGACACACUCCGCAUCACCACGUUCGAUGA